GGAUCAGUCGAUGACGAUACGACUUACUGGAUCGGUGUAACAUAUUAAGCCCUGUCUCGACAUCGCCGGUCGAUUCGGUCACUAUUUAUUUCCGCAUAAAUCUUAAAAAUAUAUAUUCACAGAGUGUUAUUUGUAGCAUUUAUUUCUUAUACAGACUGACUCACCGUUGUGAGUUAAGUGUGUCAGAGAAUUGAAAGGAUUGAAGCGCCUAUGAAUUUCGAUACAUGAACAUAUAUUUGAAGCAGUUUUAAGCUUCUAAACAGUUUUAUGUUUCCAAUCCAUUUAGGAUAAUAAAUGAAUGACUUUUUAACUAAAUUCGCAUCCUGAACGAUACUUAAUACUAUUGUUAUUUUAAUAAUCAACAUAAUGGAUAAGAUAAAGGUAUUCACAAAUCGAAAGGAGACUGUUUGCACAAAAAAAAGAACUGGGAAUAAUUUUACAUAACCGGUUGAGAAAAUUUACUGUCAAUACCUUGCCAAUGAUAAGGAAUGAGUAAUUUGCGUGACCUAUAUUCUUAUGAGGGCCAAAAUCAUUGUCAACAUUGCCAAUACAUGCAAAAACUUUAACAUGUAUGUAAAAGCUCAAAAUUCAUUGCAAUGAUUGUGUGAUUAUCUAUUUAAAGGGCACUAACGAAAUCGACUCGAAAGAGGUGAUAAUGAUACGGAAAUAAUUACUUGAUCACAUUAUUAACGAGAAAUUUCCAUUGAAGAAGAUAAUAGAAUAUGCUGAUGAAAGUAAUGUUGGUGAAUUCAUGUGAUUAUGAGUUUAUGUAAUUUUCAUAAAGAACGGUUGUGUAAAAGAGUAAGGAAAAGAGACGCAACAGAUUGUGGGUUGUCUUAAUGCUUCCAGCAGAUGCGGAUAGUUUUUAAUGCCAGAAGACAAUAAAAUAAAAUUAUAGGAUGUACUUCCGAUAAAUAGUCACUACCUUUUAUCAAUCGUCCAAAUAAAAUCUGUACUCAAAUGUGGAUAAGCAAUCAAGUAUGAGUAAAAUUAGAUAUUUUUAUCAAGCAAUAGUUAUGACGUUAAGGAAAAAGAUCAUAUUAAAGUUGCCUACCUACUUCUGGAAUUAUGUACAUCUUUUGUUUGAAAAAAACAAUGCUACAUUUUAACUGACGCUGAAUUUGGUCGAAAACGGAUACUCUCCAAUGUCACAAGGCAGAGAGAACUUGAUCAAUCAUCUGUUCGUAGUUUAAAUCCUAGCAGGUGUGUUCGUUGUAUUCUGACACUCCCACUUCAAGUGUCUGCAGUAGGAAUGCGCGGUAGCAGUUCUGAGCUCUUGUUAGACGCUAGUUGCAGUCAGUGCCAGCAUAAUCCAGAGACCUACGAAUCAAAAGACCAGGAACAGCGUCGUCGUAAACUGCUGGAACUCGGGUUCGGCGCGUCGCGGCGUCGACCGCCUCGCCGUACUUUUCGUGAGCGCUUCAAUUUUUACGCGACUUCCGCUCUGGCCCUGCUUGCUACUUCCGGCGGUGCGGCCUUGCUUUUCCUGGUGCCGCUUUACGUGGAUCCGGCAAUCAGCACCUUGGCCGCCGACUUCUCCCCCGAACCCGUCACCUGCAUCACCUCAAAAAGAGAAGACCUUGCUGGAUUGUUCAAUUGCUCUUGGAGUUCUUGCAGAGAAGGCUGCACCAGUGACGUGUAUAGAUGUACUCAUAUAUACGUCACUUACAAUCCGUGGCCGGAUUCAAGUGCUAGGAGCGAAACCGAAAUCAACAUUACUACUACAACUACAGCUACAACUACCUCUACCAUCUCCAAACAUCCUACCAGCUCAAUGAUGACAAGUACGGAUGGCAUCGAAGCUGUUCUCAUGGUGAAUAUCAAAGGUUGUGGAUACCCGCCAACAGUGGACUGCGAAAACUUCAUUCGGGAACUGGGAUACGAGGGGGCGAAAUUUCCUUGCCACUAUAGUCGAGUGAACUCAAGUAUAGUGAUGGCAGACUAUAAUCAUGAAGCACAAGUCGCAACGAUUAUGCAUUUCUUCGCUGCACCUUUCGUCGUAACCUUGGCGACAAGUGUUGCCCUCUGCGUUAUGCAUUGUGAUUGCAGGUGCUCUGCAUCAUUACCAAGACAGCCCCCAGGGGGUAUGAGAAGACCUAGGCCUAAUGAUCUCAGUGAGCAGUCUAUAAGCAAUCGAGUGGACCGUAGAAGACAUCAUCCAACGCUUUGUGAAUGUGGUGAAGUGACAAAACCCUUAUGACAGCGGGAUGAAAUGGUUGAGAGUACCCUGACUACUUCGCAGUCCGAUCUUUAGAUUCAGGCCCUUAUCAUCUCCUUGUCCUAUUUUGUCCAACUUCCUUCGUUUCUUGAGAUAUUUCUCUGAAAUUCCAUCUUUCUCGUUUUAUCCAGGAUGUCAACUCUUAACUUAAUUUAUGAUUACCAUCCAUUGUCGUUCUAAUCUUAUUUCAGUGCCGACCAUGAUCAUCGAUGCGAAUAAAUGUAUGUUUUUCGUGUAUCUAAGUGAAUCAAGAAAUCUUUAAACUCAGGAUCUGCGUGACUACACGACAGUGUUUAACUUUACAAGCUAUUUUAUAAACGACUUGGAAAAUUUAUUGUCAACUUCUUUGUAAACGCAGGGUAUUUUCACGAUUUUUAAAAACAUACUGUUCACAACAUGAUCUGAAUUAACAAAGUAAGAAAACUAGACUUAGAGUGUUGAUCUUCGAGAUAUAUUAGAAAUUAAAGACAUUGAAGGUCAGAUAUAAUAUGUUACUAGAUGGCAAAUUGACAUUUUGAUAAAUUAGAUAUUUAUGUUUUCAAUAGUACUCAACCAAAUCUUGGAGAUUUUGAUAAAUUGGGGAUAUUCGAAUAUGAUAAUGAAUUCGACGAUCUUUGCAUAUUGUGGUAUAAAACCUUUUUCUAUUAGAGUAUUUAUAUUUGAAUGCAUCUGAAACUCAAAGGGAUACACGACCGGCGGAAAUGACCUAAGCGCCUGUUUUUUGAGGUGUUUUUAAAGUGACUCAAUUCUUUUUAAAGUUAAUAAACAGAUAUUUCAAAAAA